GGAUGUUAACACCGUUAUCAUAAUUGGUCCAUGCAGACAAUGUCCUGCAUGUAAUGGGAUGCAGAGGGGUUGGUUCCUCUGUGCAGCCCCGCCUCUGUGUCCUGUUGGGAUUUACUCGAACAGGGAUGCGUGUGUGUGUGUGUGUGUGUGUGUGUGUGUGUGUGUGUGUGUGUGUGCGCGCGCGCGCGUGUGUGUGUGUGUGUGUGUGUGCGUGUGGGUUUGUGUGUGUUAUUUACAUUGUGGUGUCGGUGCUGGCUGCUCACACGUGCCGCUGUCCGUCGUCUUUGUCCUGCUUCACAGCUUCACUGGCUGCCAUGAGCGCUGCCUAGGGAGAGGAGCUGACUGACUGACGCCUUUGCCUUUUCCUUAUGAGUACUACAGCUCCCCUGCGGCUCUCCUCACCAACAUCCUGUCAUUGCAUCGCGGGAGGAGUCCUAUCUAUUUUUUUCCGAGGCUCAAUGACUGGAUUACUCUGAGCGAUACCCCAGCGACGUCUGCCCACCUGGAGGACCCGGGAUGAAGGAUCUCUUCAGGGCUUUAAUUCGGGCUCCGGCCGGGCUGCUUUGUUUUGGAUGACGCGCAGAGGGUUCCUCGUUGUCUUUAUGUUGCACCCUGAUUCGGAAAACCCCCAUCCCAUCCUGAGAUCCAUGCCCCGCUUCCUGAACCGCUGUCAUCAUGUCCCCAGCAUCGGCUGCCACCGCCAGUGAAAGCAGCACCACCACCGUGCCCGAGGAAGAGGAGCCGAGCAGCCCCAGGGAGGAGCAGCGACCUCAGAAACAGUCCCUGACUAAAUCCCUCUGUCAGGAGACUCACUGGAAAUGUCUGCUGCUGACCCUGCUGAUGUACGGCUGUGUUGGGGUGAUGGCCUGGUGCCAGGUGACCAAGGUCACGCGCCUCUCCUUCGACAGCGCCUACAAGGGAAAGUCUAUGAUGUACCAUGACAGCCCCUGCUCCAACGGCUACAUCUACAUCCCCUUGGCCUUCCUGGUCAUGCUCUACGUGGUUUACCUGGUGGAGUGCUGGCACUGCUACACCAGGAACGAGCUGCAGUACAGGGUUGAUGUGGAGAGUGUGGCAGAGCGAAUCCAGCGCAUGCAGCAGGCUACACCCUGCAUCUGGUGGAAGGCCAUCAGCUACCAUUAUGUCAGGAGGACAAGGCAGGUGACGCGCUACCGCAAUGGAGACGCCUACACUACCACGCAGGUGUACCACGAGCGAGUCAACACCCACGUGGCUGAGGCGGAGUUUGACUAUGGGAACUGCGGGGCUAAAGACAUCUCGAAGAGCUUGCAGGGCCUUGAGUGCUUCCCAAUCACCCGGCUGAGGUUCACCAAGUGCUUUAGCUUUGCCAACAUUGAGUCAGAGAACUCCUACCUGACGCAGAGAGCUCGGUUCUUCACGGAGAACGAGGGCCUGGAUGACUACAUGGAGGCUCGAGAGGGGAUGCACCUGAAGAAUGUAGACUUUAAGGAGCAUAUGAUUGCCUUUUCUGACCCUGAUCACCUCCCCUGGUAUGGAUUAAACUCCACUUUCUGGGCCGCAGCAGCUUUCACCGUCUCCUGGCCUCUGCGUGUGCUGACGGAGUACCGCACUGCAUGUGUUCACUUUCACGUAGAGAAGCUGUUCGGCUUCGAUUAUGUGCCAGCAACACCCUCUGAGGAGCGGCCAUAUUGCAGACACAUCCCUCGAGUCAACACCAUCGACAGCACCGAGCUGGAGUGGCACAUUCGCUCCAACCAGCAGCUGGUGCCCAGCUACUCCGAGGCGGUGCUCAUGGACCUGGCUCAGCUCUCUGGGAGCUGUAACAGCUACUCUGUUUGUGGAGGCUACGGAAGCUACAGGCAGAACUGUGAGCGCUGCCACCGUGCCAUCAGCAGCUCCUCCAUCUUCUCCCGUAGCGCCCUGAGCAUCUGCAACACGGGGAGCCCUCGCAUCCCCUUUAGCGCGAGCCGCUUCUCACUGAGUCGGCUGUACGGCUCCAGGCGGAGCUGCCUGUGGCGGAGCAGCGGGAGUUUGAACGAGCAGUCCUGCCCAACAGAGAGCACGCGCUGUCUGUCAGGAAAUCCGAACAGUGAGGAGAACCCCCCGGCCUAUCAGGACGCUCUGUACUUCCCUGUGCUCAUUGUACACCGCAACGAAGGCUGCCUCAACCACGACCACCGCUCCUUGCACAGAAACGGCUCCUGUGUAGAGACCUCUCUAUGACCCACAGCCGUACAGACUAAUCGGAGCGAGGAGUAGAAUGAUACAGGGACAGAUUGACCAGGGUUGGGCUGACCUCUCCUUCCCCCUUUUUCAACAGAGGUAACUCAGUCUCCAACCACAACCAGGACUGGAUCAUAUCCCAGCAUGUUGUUUAAAAUAUAAUGCGCCUUUAAAGGAAUAAAUUACCAAAAACUCAUGCACUGUCAUGCAACAUUCAUAAGGACAAAGGUCAUAUAACUUAGAGGAAUCACAUCCUACUGUAAAAGCCAGAUUUGUAGAUCUUAGUCACAGACCAUUUACAAGGAUAUGAGUAACAUUUUAUAGUGUCUGAUAGGGGGUUUGAAUCAGCAGUAGUCCAAACGGAGAGUG